UGUUAUGAAUAGAUUGUUUAUGCUAAAUUUUCACUCCCCGCCCAGUCACUUGCCUUAUCAGUCUGACCCAUUGAUUGUAAGUUCAGACAACAAAACUCUUGUAUCAGCUGAUUGCGGUUUGAUCAGCUGUGAAAGUGUUGUGUGCCAUUGAAGUUUCAGUGUUUUGUUUUGCCAUGUCUAAAAGGUCGCUGAUUAUUCGGACAACUGAUCUCGGAAGUGAUGAUGAAAGACGGGAAUGGAAUAGCGGGGGAAAGAUGGUCAUCCCCACUGCCAUACCACCACCCAAACCUGCACCUUACAACUAUGCAGACACAUUCUGGUGUACCUACCUGGUCUCCGUGGUGGCUGCCAGUAUAGCAGAGAUGUUGACAUAUCCGCUUGACCUGACCAAGACCAGGCUACAGAUUCAAGGCGAGAAGGCAGCAAACAAUGGAGCUUCUCGUGCAGCAUACCGUGGGAUGCUCAAGACGGCGCUGGGUAUCGCCAGGGAGGAGGGGACUACCAAUCUUUGGAGGGGGGUGACUCCGGCCAUCUACAGACACGUAGUGUACAGCGGCAUACGCAUUGUGGCUUACGAGCGGAUACGUGACAAUGUGCUCAAGAAGAACAGCAACGGUACCUUCCCUAUAUGGAAGUCAGCAAUCGCCGGAGUGACGUCUGGAGCCUUGGCUCAGUUCAUCGCCAGCCCGACGGACCUCAUCAAGGUUCAGAUACAGAUGGAAGGCAAGCGCAGACUGAUGGGGAAACCACCGAGAGUGCACGGGAUGGUGGAUGCGUUCCAAAAAAUAGUGUCCGUGGGAGGAGUGAGAGGUCUGUGGAAGGGUUCCAUCCCUAACAUGCAGAGAGCAGCACUAGUCAACCUUGGGGAUUUGACUACAUACGACACAGCCAAGCAGUUCAUACUGAGUCACACGAGUCUGCCGGACAGUCAUCUGGUACACAUGUUAUCCAGUGCAUGUGCUGGUCUAGUGGCAGCUACCAUGGGAACUCCUGCAGACGUGGUCAAAACAAGGAUUAUGAACCAGCCGACAGAUGCUAACGGCAGAGGACUUCUAUACCGCAGCUCCUGGGAUUGUCUGUUGAAGACUGUUCACAACGAGGGCGCCCUGGCUCUGUACAAGGGGUUCCUGCCUGUGUGGAUACGCAUGGCUCCUUGGUCACUUACAUUCUGGCUCAGCUUCGAGCAGAUACGCAACACGUUGGGCGCCACCGCGUUCUAACUACAGGUUAGAGGGUCAAAGACUGAAUUUCCUGAUUACACUUACCACUUGAGAGAGGACCACAGCAGCAGGCAAAUGAAAGUGCUUCUUAAUAGGAUAGAUACACAAUAUGGUGUGUAAGACAUAGUUGCAUAGUUUGUGAAUUUGUUUCAAACGCAUCCUUUAAAUUGUAAUUAUUAUUUUUUA